CAGGCACGGCCGCUCACGGGUUGCCGGCUGCAGCCGAGCGGGCUCUUUGUCAGGGGAGCCUCCGAGCCCGGGGUGCGAGGCGCUGCUGCUGCUGCUGCUGCUGGCUGAUCCCGGCUCGCCCAGGCGCCGGCAGAGCGAGCGAGCGAGCGGAGGAGGAGGAGGCGGCGAGGGAGCCGGACAGCAGCUUCCCGAGGCUUCUGCGAGCCGACCAGCAAACUGGCUCAUCCGCUGGCAAGUCAGAGCAGCCCCCUGGCUCCGGGAGCGCACCCUUUCUGGAGGACGGGCGGCGGUGGCGGCGGCGGUGUUGGCGGCGGCGGUGGCAAAAGGAUGGCAUCGGACCUGGCCCUGCACAGCGCCGACCUGCCCACUAGUCCCUUGGCCAUGGAAUAUGUUAAUGACUUCGAUCUGAUGAAGUUUGAAGUGAAAAAGGAGCCGGUGGAGACGGACCGCAUCAUCAGCCAGUGCGGCCGCUUGAUCGCUGGGGGAUCGCUCUCGUCCACCCCGAUGAGCACGCCGUGCAGCUCGGUGCCUCCCUCGCCCAGCUUCUCGGCCCCCAGCCCGGGCUCCGGCGGCAGCGACCAAAAGACCCACUUGGAAGACUACUACUGGAUGACCGGCUACCCGCAGCAGCUCAACCCGGAGGCCCUGGGCUUCAGCCCGGAAGACGCCGUGGAAGCGCUGAUCAACAACAGCCACCACCAGCUCCAGAACGCGGCGGCCGCGGCCGGCUUCGAAGGCUAUGCCAGAGGGCAGCAGCUGUCCGUGGGCGGCGGCGGAGGAGGAGGCGGCGGAGGAGGCGGAGGAGGCGGCGGGUCGGGGGGAUCCAUGCCGCCGGACGAGAUCGGCUCGGCGGCCGCCGUGGUGUCGGCGGUGAUCGCGGCCGCCGCGGCGCAGCAGCAGCAGCAGCAGAACGGCGGCGCGCCCCAUUAUCACCACCACCAUCACCAUCACCCGCCCGGCCACCACCACCACCAUCAUCCGCAGCCGCAGCCGCCGGGCAGCGUGCCGUCUUCGGCCAGCAGCACUAGCAGCAGCAGCAGCAGCGGCGGCAGCGGGGGAGGCGGCGGGGGCCUCCACCACCAGCACCACGGUGGCAACGGCGGCGGCGGCGGCUUGCAUUUCGACGACCGCUUCUCGGACGAGCAGCUGGUGACCAUGUCGGUGCGAGAACUCAACCGGCAGCUGCGGGGCGUCAGCAAGGAAGAGGUGAUCCGGCUGAAACAGAAACGACGGACCCUGAAAAACCGGGGCUACGCGCAGUCCUGCCGCUUCAAGCGGGUCCAGCAACGGCACGUCUUGGAAUCGGAGAAGAACCAGUUGCUCCAACAAGUGGAACAUCUGAAGCAGGAAAUCUCCAGGCUGGUCCGGGAGAGGGACGCCUACAAGGAAAAAUACGAGAAAUUGGUCAGCAGCGGGUUCCGGGAAAACGGAUCCAGCAGCGACAAUCCCUCUUCUCCAGAAUUUUUCAUGUAUCCAAGAGAAUCGUCUACAACGGUGAUGUGAGAGUUUCCUGUUGCCUGGAGCCUGAUAAGGUACAAUUUUAUAUUUUUAUUACAAACCUCUGCUUAUUAGUAUUAUUUUUCUGGGGUAUUUUGGGUGGAGGGAAGCUAUUUACCAGUAUAUUUUUUCCCUGUACUUUAAUGUUAUCAAUUUGCUAGUUUCUCUUUAGCCAUUAGAGAUGCCCUUAAAAAAAGCAUUCCUGAUAUGUCUGCGAUCUUGUACAGAUGUUGCAUGUGAGACAGUCCCUAUAAAUAAAUAAAAAGUGAUGAGUGCCUACAUACGCACAUGUACUGACGCAUGCCUUUCAGAAUUAACCGUGACUCUGGGAAUCAUGUGGAUUUUUGUUUUAUUUAUGUAACGGAUUUUUGUCAACUCCCACAGUCCAUAUGAUGCUGUAAGCUGCAGCUGGGUGGCCUGCGGCAAACGGAAGUAGUGUACCAACUAAGAGCCAGAGCAGUAACAAAAUGCAGGAAUACUAACUACCGUGUUUUUGACACUCAGGACACACGCAUACGUUAACACUUUACUUUUAUUAUUAUUAAUAAUUUUAUCCUCUUUAUAUAUUAUUUAUUA